AUGGGACCCAGGCGAGAUCACCAUAGACGAGCAUUAGUCGGCAAUGUACCAAAAGUGGAAGGCACAGACGAGCAUGGUCGAGAUGGAGACGAAUCCGUAGAGCUCGAAUUGCUUGGCGGCGAUCGAGAAGUUCAUGAGUACCCAGAGGAUGAGACCUGGACGAGCUUCACAGAAGAGCUUGAGAUCAAAGGAACCGAUACGUGGGUUACGAGCAAAACCCAUCCAGUAGUCGUAGAAGAAGUAGCCAGACAUACGCUCUUCUUCGCCCUUGAGGACGGCUUGGAUCUUGAGGAGGAAGGUGAAGACGAAAGACCAGAGGUUGACGACGGUGAGCAUUGGACCAUAGUUGUCGUAGAGGAUGGUUGGCUUGAUCAAACCAGUGUACGAGACGACGACGGCGAGGACGAUGGUGAUCCACCACGAGGCCCAACCGUUGAGGACGUAUGGGAGACGCUUGCCACCUGGGAGUGGGGAGCCGAGGACACGACGACCUGGGACAAAGUGUUGGAGGGCGGCUUGGAAGAAGAACCAGGCAAAGUAGAUGAUGGUGGCCUCCUUGGUUGGGUAGGCGUGUUCCAUGACGAUGUUGUAGAGGUUGACAAAGAAGGCUUGGAUGCCGGCGACGUUCCAUUCGGCUGGACGCAACAAGUAACCGUUGUUGAGAUGGAUCGAGGCCCAGAUCCAGUAGACGAGGACGGGCAAACAGAAAAUGAGGAAAGUGGUGCCGAUGAAGCCACCAAAUUCAUUGGCGGGGGCUGGCUUUUGGAGUUCCUCGAGUUCUUGACGUUGCUUCUCGGUGAGACCAGAAUGGUUGGUAGAUUUAAAAAGAAGGUGAAAAAACAACACCGACAAGUAACAGACAAUGGAUCAGAGGACGUGCUGGAGGAAGAGGAAGAGGUAGAGGGUACCAUCGAUAGCGAUUGUGAGGGUAACAACAAUGACCAUCACAGUGAUAGUGAUAAUGAAGGUGACCAAAUUGAAGAGUCACAUAAACCAUCGUGUCCUCCGACUCCGACUCUUCCCUCAUCUUCCAAAAAAAAGAUUGCAUCAUCGGCAAAACCAACACCUUCAAGGGGAAAGAAAGGUACAGGUAGACGAAUAAAUAAACCAAUACCAUUCAACUUACCAACAAUGGAAUGUGAUGGAAAUGGUCAUCAUGAUGGAAAUGGAGAAUCACAAGAAAAUGGCCAACAACAAGAUGACACGGAAAUGGGCGAUAACCAACCAAUCAGUGGAGUAGAGGGUGAAGAUGGUGAUGAUAAUACACCAACAGUUCCACCAUUCUCAAUGGACAAUAUAAACAAACAACUAUUAAUUAUUAGUUCAGAGGUUCCUGAAGAUGACUAUGAAAAUGUUAUGAAGGAAUCUCAAGAAGUAUUGGUCAUUCUACCAGAUGAAGAGAAAAUCAACAAUAAUAAUAAUAAUACAAAUGGAAAAAACAAAACUUUGACUAAACCAACAUCAACUACAACAAAACCAUCAUCAACAGGAAAUGUCAAAGUUACUACUGGAAAUGGAAAUAAUCAACAACAACAUCAUCAUCAUCACAACCACCAACAACUCCCAAGUGAAAGACAAUAUAGUCAACGAUACAAAUAUUUAAAGAGUAAUGAUGAUGCACUUCAUAAACCAUCAUACCGAGAGUUGGAAGAGAAUUUCCAACCUCCUUUUCAAAAACCACCAAAUUAUAUUAUUUAUAAAGAAAAAACAAAUGAAGAACAAAAUGAAAUGGUUGAAUAUGAUAUGGAUAGCGAGGAUGAAGAAUGGUUGACAGAAUAUAACAAAUCAUCAAAUACUAUAUAUACAGAAGAUGAUUUUGAAGCUGUCAUUGAUCGUUUGGAAAAGGAAACAUUUGAAUACAAACAAUCGAUUGGUAGUGAUAUGUUUCCUCAUUUUAGUAGUUCAGAGGCAGAGGAUGUAUGUUCGGUUUGCUUUGAUGGUGCAUCAGAUGACACAAAUCAAAUUGUAUAUUGCGAUGGUUGUGAUAUUGCAGUUCACCAAGAAUGCUAUGGUAUUCGUCUCAUUCCAGAAGGUCAUUGGUUUUGUCAACGUUGUGAAUCUCCUUUAAAAUCUAAAAUUGAAUGUGUAUUAUGUAAAAAAUCAAAUGGAGCAUUAAAACAAACAGUAGAUGGAGAAUGGUCACAUUUAGUUUGUAUAUUAAAUAUGCCAGAGAUUAAUCGAAUUGCAGUGUUGGGCACUGGAAAAGAUAGGGUUGGUCCAGCUGGACUGUUUUCACAUAUACCAAAGCAACGGUUCAAGUUGUUGUGUUAUGUAUGUCGUAAAAAGGGAGGUGCCUGCAUUCAAUGUCGACAGAGAAGUUGUGCAGUUGCAUUUCACGCCUAUUGUAUUAAAAAGAAACAAAAAUCAAAAAUACUAGAAAAUCCAACACCUCAUAUAAUUUAUUGUAAAAAACAUUUUAGUAAAAAUCAUAAAUCAAAAGAUCCACCAGAAACUAUAAAAGAUAUUUCAGAAGAUAGUUCAGAUGAUGAAAAGGAAGAAGAAGAAGAAGUAGAGGAAGUAGAGGAGGAAGAAGAAGAGGAAGAAGAAGUGGAGGAGGAGGAGGAAGAAGAAGAAGAAGAAGUUGAAGAUCAAGAAGAAGAGGAAGAAGAUCAUAUUGUACAGACACCAACAAAAAAAGGUAGGGGAGGGAAAAUAAUAAUAUCAACACCAACUAGAGGUAGAGGACGACCUCCCAAAUUCCCUUCUGGCGCUAGAUCACCGAAAAAACCAGCGACAGUACCAACAACACCAACUCGGGGUAGAGGAAGACCUCCAAAAUUAACAAGAGGUCGUGGAAGAGGGAGAGGAGGAAGAGGGGCAAGAGGAGGAAGAGGAGGGUUAUCUUUGAGAACACCAACCAAAGAAAAAACUCCACCAUCACCAAGAUUAGCAGCCAAAAAAUUACAACAACAACAACAACAAGAGAAACAACAACAAGACGAAUCUGAUUCUGAUAAAGAUGAUAAAGUACAACCAAAAGUAUCAAUUACAUCAAUGGCAGAGAAAACAGGAAUCACAGCUAAAAAAGCAGACUUGAUAUCACUCAAAAAGGCAUUGGCAGCGAUCAAGUUCCCGUCUGCCACAUUUGUAAAGUCAGUCUAUGAGUUUUGGGUGAAAAAGAGACUUUCUCGAAGUGGUCUGCCUCUUAUCAAGCGAUUCCAACCAUCAAUUUUGUACAGUCUGCGUUCGACAUUGCAGAGCCAGGACAAGGGAGAAAACACCAUCCUUCAUUUCAAGUACCUCAUUCAUCUUCGAAAGGAUUUGGAGCGUGUUCGUACCAUCCUCGAUAUCAUUAGAAAGCGUGAAAAGUUUAAGCGCGAUUACUUGACCAAUCUCAAACAGAUUUUCGACUUGUUUGUCGACACUACACACCACUACUACCAGUUUCAAGUCAUUGUCGAUACACUCAUCGAUGUCGACAUGUUUGAAUCUUUUAUACACCCAGUGACAGAGGCACAAGCACCCAACUAUUUUUCAAUCAUUCAAAAUCCAAUCUGUCUAACCAACAUUCACAACAAACUUAAAUUAUAUCGUUAUGACAAUGAUUGUGAUCAUGUUGAUGAUAUUAUAAGAACUUCAAAUGAUUUUUGGGAUGACCUAAGAUUAAUUUAUACAAAUGCACAAAAAUAUAAUAAUUCAAAAUCAGUGGUUUAUAAAUCCUCUGUAAUACUACAAGAUAUAAUCAAAGUAUUACAAGAAGGUUUCCAAAACAACCCACAAAUUUCAAAGUUGGAGAUUGAAAAGAUUAUCAAUGAUGGUGUAACACAACCACCUCUAAAGAAAACGCCAACAAAACUUCUUACUCCAAUCAAAACCAAUUCAGCAACAACACCAAUGGUCGUUGUACCCAAGUCACCAGCUAAAUCACCAGCUAAAGCACCAAUCAAAACACCAAUUAAAACUCCUACCAAAGCACAAAAUGAAGAACCAACAACGACCACAUCAACUACAACGACAACUUCUUCUUCAGACACUUCGCCAUCAUUUAAGCCAUUAUCGGCACGAAAGAAAACACCAACAAAUACUUCUACUACUAACUCACCAUCAGAUACUCAUACAACCACAUUGGCACCGACCACGCCGUUCAAGACUCCAACCAAACAAUCAAAAGAUGAUGAUGAUGGUGAUGAUACCGCUGGUCGUGAUGAGGGAAUUCAGGUCACAGUUGUGACCAAAGAAUCUCCAGUCCCCUCACCAAUCGCAAACUUUGUUCCAUUCACCAAGAGAUUUAAAUCACCAUCAUCAACGACGACGACCACCACAACAUCUACAACCUCUACAGUCCAAUCAUCACCAGCCAAAGACAAUGAUACUACUCCAACCAAACCAGUAACAAGGGCACAAACAAAACAAUCACCAGCCAAAUCGACUGCCAAACCCCCCAACAAUAAUAACAACAACGGUACAAUCAAUAUCAAUUCACCUGGAAGAAGAAAUAUAGGAAGAGGUGUAAAUGGAUUAUUCGCCCAAACAUCAAUACUUAACUUCUGUAAACUUUUACCCAAAAAUCAUUCAUCUACCAUUUCUACACAACAAGUUUUAAAUAAUAUUGAAAAAAAAAGUAAACGUAAAUAA